ACUUCGCCCUGGUCCAGGGUGGCCUCGCCCUGCAGGGGCGCGCCUGCCAGGAGCACGAUAGAUCUUCCGGGGCGAGGCCCUCCAGUGGCGCUGCCUGAGCCGCGACGUGGGGGACCGUCUCCUGGCCGGUCACCUGGAGGGCGUGUAGCUCCGGGGCGCGGACCAAGAACUGCAUGUUGGUGACUGAACCGCGGUUCCGGCUGCCGCCACCGCGAAGAUGGAGUCAAAGAGGAAGGAGCGAGGGCGCUCACGGCCAGACCGCGGGCAGCGCGUCACGUCACUCCUGAAAUUUUAUUUCGGAAACAAUUAUUGAGAAGAGUGGCUUUGGCUUCACUGUUUUGCAAAUCUCUUUAAUUGAUGGCUUCUUAGAAGAGCCGUUUUCGGCCGGGCGCGGUGGCUCACGCCUGGAAUCCCAGCACUUUGGGAGGCCGAGGCGGGCGAAUCACGAGGUCAGGAGAUUGAGACCACCCUGGCUAACACGGUGAAACCCCGUCUCUACUAAAAAUACAAAAAAUUAGCUGGGCCUGGUGGCGGGCGCCUGUAGUCCCAGCUACUCUGGAGGCUGAGGCAGGAGAAUGGCGGGAACCCGGGAGGCGGAGCUUGCAGUGAGCCGAGAUCGGGCCACCGCACUCCAGCCUGGGUGACAGAGCGAGACUCCGUCUCAAAAAAAAAAAGAGGAGCUGUUUUCCCUUAUUUGCUUCCCCAUUCCUUCUGUUGCGUGUGUUUUGAGCCGCCAGUGGUGGCUCGCGCCUGCAGUCCCAGCUACUCCGGAAGCUGAGGUGGGAGGAUCGCUGGAGCCUGGGAGUUCCAGAGGCUGCAGUGAGCCGUGGUCACGCCACCGUACUCUAGACUGGGCAACAGAGCAAGACCCUGUCUCUCAAAGGGAAACUGCCAGAAAUUCGUUGGAUUUGAGGAGUCCAGAGCGCCGACCCGCUCUGUCUGCGUGGACUUAUUUCCUUGGAUCUUCGUGGACCCUGAAGUUGCCAAGUGUAUGUGCCUGCUCCAGAAAACAAAGGAAGCCACCAUUUUUUCUCAUUCACAGCGCAGGGAGAUACCUCAGUAGAAGCAUACAGUCCAGUCUUCAACUAGGGACCCCUACCAGGAUGUCCAAAAGGCUCAGCCCUCAGUUACAGCACAACAUCACAGAAGAUACCUAUUGUGAAACACACCUGGAACCAACACGGCUGUUCUGUGAUGUUGACCAAAUCACACUCUGCAGCAAAUGCUUCCAGUCCCAGGAGCACAAACAUCACAUGGUGUGUGGGAUACAAGAGGCUGCUGAGAAUUACAGGAAGUUAUUCCAGGAAAUAUUGAACACAUCGAGGGAGAAACUUGAAGCAGCUAAAAGCAUAUUGACUGAAGAGCAAGAAAGAAUGGCGAUGAUUCAGGAAGAGGAACAAAAUUUUAAAAAGAUGAUUGAGUCUGAGUAUAGUAUGAGACUCCGGUUGUUGAAUGAAGAGUGUGAGCAGAAUCUCCAGAGACAGCAGGAAUGCGUAUCUGACUUGAACUUGAGAGAAACCCUUCUGAAUCAAGUGAUCAAGCUUGCCACGGAGCUAGAGGAGAUGUUCCAGGAAAUGCUACAGAGACUGGGCCGUGUCGGGAGAGAGAACAUGGAGAAACUGAAGGAGAGUGAAGCCAGGGCUUCUGAACAGGUCCGCAGCCUCCUAAAGCUCAUCGUGGAGCUUGAGAAAAAGUGUGGGGAAGGCACCUUGGCAUUGCUCAAGAAUGCAAAAUACUCUUUAGAAAGGAGCAAGUCACUGCUGCUUGAGCAUCUGGAGCCUGCUCAUAUCACAGACCUGAGUUUAUGCCACAUAAGAGGACUCAGCAGCAUGUUCAGAGUACUCCAGAGACAUUUAACAUUGGAUCCUGAAACAGCUCAUCCCUGCCUGGCACUAUCUGAGGACCUGAGAACUAUGAGAUUGAGACAUGGGCAGCAGGAUGGGGCUGGCAACCCAGAAAGAUUGGAUUUCAGUGCCAUGGUGCUGGCUGCGGAGAGCUUCACCUCAGGGAGGCACUACUGGGAGGUGGACGUGGGAAAGGCAACCAGGUGGCAAGUGGGCAUAUACCACAGCUCUGCAGACACGAAGGGCAGCACGGCCAGAGCUUCCGGAGAGAAAGUCUUGCUCACGGGGUCGGUGAUGGGGACCGAGUGGACCCUCUGGGUCUUCCCCCCUCUGAAAAGGCUCUUCCUGGAAAAGAAGUUGGACACAGUUGGGGUUUUCCUUGACUGCGAACACGGGCAGAUAUCAUUCUACAAUGUGACCGAGACGUCCCUCAUUUACAAUUUCUCCCAUUGCGCCUUCCAAGGAGCUCUCAGGCCUGUGUUCUCCCUCUGUAUCCCAAAUGGAGACACAAGUCCAGACUCCCUCACCAUCUUACAACAUGGUCCUUCUUGCGAUGCUACUGUCAGCCCUUAGUCUUCUGUGUGUAAAAUCCAAGACCACGAGACACCAGAAAGUUGGAGAACAAGACUUUGAAAGAAUUUGUGUAAACUAACCCAAUAAAAAGCGUUCCAGGAGUUGGAGCCCGA